AUUAUUUAUAUGCAAAUGAUUAAAUUAUUUUUUAUAUUUGGUCCCAAACCCACACAAAGGUUUUUCUCCUUUUUCCCUCUCUCUCCAUCUCCUCUGGGCCCUUUUAAACUUGGAACUUCCUUUCAUUUAUCUUCCCACCACCACGGCAAAUCGCCAUGGACAACCACAAAGAUGACAAACGCCACCACCGCACCACCACAAACAACAAAUCAACCUCCGACACCGAAGAGUACUACUCUCCUGGUACUUCACCUCUUCAACCCGACGAAUUAUCCUAUGCCCAUUCUAAAGCCAUCGUCGCUGUCGACAAGUACUAUACUUCCUCAAGAUCUCCUACUUCGCACCAUCAAAAGCUUCCUCAGACCUUAAAUCUACAACCGCCGGAAAAAUCUCAGUCGCCUACGGUAGCCUAUAACCGAUCGGCGAGGGAGGAAUCGGUGACUGGCGUCACGAAGGUAGGCCCCGGCGGUCUUGAAGAGGGAAACGGUGGUGCAGGAGGAGAGAGAAGGUCUAGGGUAGCGACGCCGGGAUUGAGGAGGUCGAAAAGAGAAGUGAUGGUUGACAGAUCAGCGUUAGGGUUUAGGGUAUUGGAGUUGAUAUUAUGCCUGAUUGCGUUCUCUGUGAUGGCAGCUGAUAAAACUCAAGGGUGGAGCGGUGAUUCCUUCGAUCGAUACAGGGAGUACAGGUAUGUGGUAGGUGUGAAUGCUAUUGCGUUUGCAUACGCAGCAUUUCAAGCAAUUGACAUGACAUACCUCUUAAUUAAUGGAAACCAUAUCAUCUCAUACUCUCUUCGCCCUCACUUUGACUUCCUAAUUGACCAGAUACUUGCUUAUCUGUUGAUAUCAGCAUCAUCUUCAGCAGCCACUAGAGUGGAUGAUUGGGUGUCAAAUUGGGGAAAAGAUGAGUUCACACAAAUGGCAACUGCAUCAAUAGGAAUCUCUUUUUUGGCUUUUCUUGCAUUUGCACUUUCUUCUCUCAUAUCUGGUUAUAAUCUUUGUACCCAGAGCUCUCUCUAAACAUAUUUAUCAUCAUCAGUGUUUUUACACGAGAAUUAAAUUGUAAACAGGUUGUAUAGGUAAGAGGCAAUGUGAUAAAUUAUAAAAGAGUAGAAUCUUUCACUUUUGAGGUUGUAAAAAUGGUUAUCUUAAUGAAAUAAUGCAACCUUGAGCUGA